AUGGCGAUGUCUCGAUGGGGCCUUGACAAGCUCCUCCGCUCGCGAAGCAGCGACAAGCUCGUCUCGCUCCUCCUUCCCGACGGGAGCAUGGAAAUGUUCGGCGAGGGGAAGACCGUCGCGGAUAUCAUGGCGGAAUAUCCGGGGCACUAUGUCGGCAGCAUCACUUCCUCUCGCCCGUGUCUCGCGCCGGAGAAGGCGCUUCACCCUGGAAGCACCUACUACCUCGAGCCUGAGCAAUCGCCGCUGAAAGGAGCUAAGUCUCUCCCUUCUAACAACGGCAAGGAUGUUAAGGGACUGUUACCUGAUGGCGAUCGCAAUGAAAGGCCGGCGCCGCGGAGCGCUCGCAAGGAGACGAGGAAAGACGAAAGGGAAGGCAACCUUCUGGCUGAGAAUGGACAGGCGGCUGGCUUCAUUCCGCGCCGCAUGUCGCUCGAUGCCGGCGCGGUUUUCAGCCGCCAACUAAGCGCCGAUGGCGCCGCCCUUGCCGCCGCGGUCGCUGCUUCUUCUUCCAUGCGACAUUCCGACUACGUCUUCGACGACAACGACGACAACGGUGACGACGGCGACAACGAGGAGAUGAUUUCGCCGUUUCAGGCUGCCAACCGUGUCGUGUCACGUCGCGCGUCCCUCUCCGACGCUGCAUCCGCCAGAUCCGCUGCAGCGUCGCUUGCCGAAGCGCGCCAGCUCUGGCAAGACGAGACGAACAUGCGCCAUCACUCCCAGCCGAGGCGGGUAAAUUCAUUCAGUGAUCUUACAAGUGUCCAUGGCGGCGGCAAUGACUGUGAGUUCAACGGCUACAACCCCGCGGCUGAGCAGCAGAGUCCGUUCCCCCAGCUUGAGCGCCAGCCGUCGUGCUGCCGCUCCUGCGGAGGCUGCGCUUGCGGGGGUGGCAGCAUGCGUUCGUCGCGCUGCCCCUCGCCGGCUCCGCCAGUCCGAUCCCCUUCCGCCGCCGCCUUCCCCGACUUCGAGGGCGGCGAUAUCGCCAGGGGCUGCGCCUUGGAUUCCGCCUAUGGCGCAACCGGCGGAAGGAGCGGGCGGCGCGCGCUGCACCGUGGCGCCGGCAGUGCGCAAGAUGGAUAUGCGCGGCCCGCUUUCCCGGAUUAUGACGCUUCUGCGGCCGCAGCGGCUUGUGGGCUCGUUCCGUCACCGUCACCGCCGCCGCCGGGGUUGGCGCAUUGGCAGCAGCAACAGACCUUCUCAAGAUCUGCCACGUAUAGCCGCAACGACACUCGCGAAAACGACACUCGCGAAUACGACUCUCCGCGCGACCCGCUGCCUGCGCCACGCGCGCGCUUCCCCUCCGCGCCGUCGACGCCCGUCCGCCGAACGAGUCUGGACCACCGCGCUAUGCGGGCGGGCCGUCCGCACCCCGCGGACGCGUCCGCCGCCGUAGCGUCUCUCCGCGGCGGGAGCCCAAGGGCAGAUGUUCGAAGCGUGUUCUCCGCGAUUGACUCGGAUAACGAGAGCCACUGCGACGACGGUGAGAUUGCUGACGAGGAGGGGAGCGUGAAGUCCGGUUACUCGUUGCCUUCGCCACAGGAUGCGGCAGCGGCGGAAGAGAGGCGGAGGGAGCGGGAGAAGCGGGAAUGGAUGAUAAUGCAGCGGCAGAUGAUGCGCCAACAGCACAUGCUGCACCAGCAGCAGCGGCAGCAGCAGCAGCAGCAGCAGAUGCAGCAUCAUCAGAUGCAGCAGUUUCAGCAGCAGCAGCAGAUGCAUUCCCAGCAACAGCAGGCAAGACAUCAGAUAUCUUCUCAGCAAAGGGCGUCCUCUCCGAGACUACACCACCAACACCACAUCCAGCACCACAACCAGCAUCACAACCAGCAGCAGCAACAGCCACGUCUUUCCCGCCGGUCUGCCAACUCAGCAUCCGGUCGGUCGGCAGGGCUACCACCACGUGCCGUCUCCCCACUUCCUCCCAUUCCGGCAAACCACGUGUCGCCUCCCAACUCAUGUGAUUUUCUGUGCAGCCCUGGGGCUGCACCGGGCUCGCAAAAGCACAAUGAGAUGACCAGAGAUGGUGAUCUUAUUACAGAGGACUCAAGAAGUCGCUCCUGUGCAUCUCUUAGCAGCUUGAGUGCGGAGUUUGUUGUGGCACAUCAGUCGGCUGGCAUGUCUUCUUGGGGUUCUUAUCCCAGCUUGGAAUCCUUGUCCCCAGAAGGCUCCUCUUUGGCAGGCAGCUCCCCUAGGCACCAUUUCUAG